UCCUCACGCCCCGUCGCCGGCCCUGCUUCCUUCCUUCCUUCCUUCCCACACCGCCCGUCCUCCACCCCGGCUGAGGGACACCCGGGCCCGCCCCUCACGCCCCGUCGCGGCUCGCGGAGGCCGCCCUGAGGCGGCGGCGCCGCCGAAGUCGAAGGCGGCAGGAGAAUCUUGCUCACAUAUCUACGAAGAUUUAACUCCAGGAUCCACACCCGGGAUCUGUUUUGCUUCGUUUCACAAGGACGGCAUUGUUUCAGGUAGCUCAGGAUGGGAGAUCAGAGGCAACGUUCGUUAUCCACGUCCGGAGAAUCACUAUACCUUGUUCUAGGAUUGGACAAGAAUGCCACCUCAGAUGAUAUUAAGAAAUCAUACAGGAAACUUGCAUUAAAAUAUCACCCCGAUAAGAAUCCAGAUAAUCCAGAAGCCGCAGAUAAAUUUAAAGAGAUUAACAACGCACAUGCAAUAUUGACUGAUGCCACAAAAAGAAAUAUUUAUGAUAAGUAUGGCUCUUUGGGGCUGUACGUAGCAGAACAGUUUGGAGAAGAGAAUGUGAACACCUAUUUUGUGCUAUCCAGCUGGUGGGCCAAGGCGCUGUUUAUCUUCUGUGGGCUCAUAACCGGGUGCUACUGUCUCUGCUGUCUCUGCUGUUGCUGUAACUGUUGCUGUGGAAAGUGUAAACCAAAACCCCCCGAAGGAGAUGAACCAGAAUGUUAUGUCUCUCCAGAAGACUUGGAGGCCCAAGUACAAUCAGACGAGAGGGAGAACAACGAAGGCCCCAUCGUGAUCCAGCCAGCCUCGGCCACAGAGACGACUCAGCUCACGGCAGAUUCUCACCCCAGCUACCACACCGAUGGAUUUAACUAAGUUAAGGAAGCACCUAUUUAACCCGAACGGAUAAGAAUAAAUAAAUAAAUGGCCAAUCCAGCACUAGAAUCAUGGACAUUAGGAAUAGAUUAUGGGGAAGGGAAAGUGUUCGCCGAUGGUCAAUUGGGCAGCUUCAUAACCUGCUGGCAAAAUAUUUUGUAAUCCCCUUGUCAUCUUUUUUGUCACCUUCAGUGUCGUAUCUCAAUGAGACAUGGAAGUACUGUAGCAUGCCGAAUCUGAACCUGUUUAGCUUUAGUCUUUCUUUCUCUCUCUCUCUCUCUCUCUCUCUCUUUUGUUGUUUUCCUGUUCUGUUUUUUAAAAGGAAGAAUAGCAUGUGUCAAGUUUACAUUAUAAACGUUUUUUUGUGUUGUAAAUGUACUAAGGAGUUUAUCAUGACAAGUGUGACGGUUACAUUCUGCAUUUUAAGCAGUCAAACGGGGUGAGAAACGAGGAGGCACUUUUUUCACAGAGAACUUUAAAAUUGAUCAAAUGGAGCCACAAAACUUCCAUACAGUUGAGCUACUGCCCUCCCGCUCCACUGGAGAGCAACAGAGAUUUCCACCUGCCCGUUGGUACCUGACUUUUUGCCUCCGUAACUUUUAUUUUGAAAAACGAGGAUGUUGCCAAGAAGGGAAGAGGAGUGGGGUGGAUUUUAAGUGGGGGGAUUCUGUUUUCUGGAAAUGUUGUUUCCGUUUUUUUCUUUCAAAGCUGUCUGAUGCUUCACAGGCAUCUUGUUCAACCUUCUCUACGGAGCAGGAAGUUGUAAUUCACUGUAUCUGGAGGGCAAUCAUCUCUGCAAAGUUUUCUUUGUAGUUUUCUUGUGUGGGAGGGGGCCAAAGUAGUAGUGUUUUGUGUUUUUUUUACUACAAAACUAGAAAUGACUUGAAUCGUCUCUUUGACAUUUAAAUUAAAGUGCACAUUAUUCUUGUUUAAAUUAAA